AUGAUAAAGCAAUCAAAAUCAAUCAAAAUGAUGCCAAGUAUUAUAAUGAUAAAGGCAAUACUCUUUAUAUUUUGCAGAGAUAUCAAGAUGCAAUACAAUGCUAUGAUGAGGCAAUCAAACUUGGAACCAAUAAUCCUUUGUAUUUCUGCAACCGAGCUAGAGUAUUUAAUAAUCUCAGACAAGAAGAAGCAGCUUUGCAGGACUUUAAUAGGGCUUAUAAUUUGAAGCUAG